CAUCACCUGAACACACAGGUGGACCAAACAACAGGGGUCAGCAGUUCAGUUCCUCAAUAUUUUUUUGAGACUAGCUGGACUGGAAUGUAUCUGAAGAAGACUAGUUUGGAAUCCAAAAUUAGUGUUAAAACAAGCACAAAUGUAAGCUAAUACUGAUCUGAAUUCAGACGGGAUUGCUCCGGUAACAUUACGCAGUGGCACUGGGGAAGUCAGUUUGCGAAAGAUCAGAAUCGGGAGAAGAAAAAAUAAAGUUCACAUCCAAGGCAAAGCCAGGAAAACUCUGCGAUGGCGUCCAGCGGUAACGCUGUUUCCAGUCCUAUGGUGAUAUUGGCUCCAAAAACCAAAACCAAAAAGAAACAUUUUGUGCAGCAAAAGGUGAAGGUCUUUCGUGCCAGUGGCCCAGUCUUGAGCGUUUUUAUGUGGGGUGUAAAUCAUUCUAUUAAUGACCUAAACCAAGUGCCUGUUCCUGUCAUGCUGUUGCCUGAUGACUUCAGAGCAAACACUAAGAUCAAAGUCAACAAUCACCUCUUCAACAAAGAGAAUCUACCAGGACAUUUUAAGUUUAAAGAGUACUGUCCCCAAGUGUUCCGCAAUCUUCGGGAGCGCUUCGGAAUUGAGGAUCUCGACUACCAGGUGUCGUUGACCCGCAGCCCUCCCGUAAGAGGUGGGGACACCCAGGGGGAGGGGAUCCUCCUGACCUCCUACGACCGCACGCUGGUCAUUAAGCAGAUCUCUAGUGAGGACGUGGCAGACAUGCACGGCAUCCUGUCUGAAUACCACCAGCACAUAGUGAAGUGCCACGGCAGCACUCUGCUGCCCCAGUUCCUGGGGAUGUACCGCGUGGGUGUGGAGAAUGAGGAGACCUACCUGAUCGUCAUGAGGAACAUGUUCAGUCACAGACUGGUGGUGCACAGGAAGUACGACCUUAAGGGCUCUCUGGUGUCUCGUGAAGCAAGUGACAAAGAGCGGGUGAAAGAGCUCCCCACCUACAAGGACAUGGACUUCAGAAACAACAUGCAGAAGGUGUAUGUGAACGAGGAGCAGAAGGAGAAGGUCAUGGAGAAACUCAACAGAGAUGUGGAGUUUCUGGUCAAGCUAAAGAUCAUGGACUACAGCCUGCUGUUGGGUAUCCACGACGUGGGGCGGGCUGAGAGGGAGGAGGAGGAAGGAGAGGAGCCCUCCAAUGAGGAAGAGGGGGAGCCUGAAAACGGCCUGACGCAGGCCCCUAACGUGGGCUCCUACGGUACGUCUCCUGAGGGCAUCGCUGGCUACAUGGCCUCCUGCAAGCCCCUGGAGCCCGGGGAAUUUGACCCCUACGUGGAUGUGUACGCCAUGAGGAGUGCCCCUGGAGCCCCUCAGAGGGAGGUGUACUUCAUGGGUCUGAUAGACGUUCUGACACAGUACGACACCAAGAAGAAAGCCGCUCACGCAGCCAAAACUGUCAAGCAUGGGGCUGGUGCUGAAAUCUCCACUGUCCACCCAGAACAGUAUGCCAAGCGAUUUCGUGAUUUCAUCUCCAACAUCUUUGCAUAGUGGGACGUUAUAACCACCAUUGCUACAACCAAACCUUUUACCAUUUAGAUUUGAAGGUUUUUCUUUUACUUUUGUUCUGCUAGACAUUUAUAUCAUGAAACAUUGCCCCAAAAAAUGUACACACACAGAUUAUUUUAGUCUGAUCUCACACCAGACACUUUUCAUUGUUGUAAUGUAUUACUGACUGAUAUUUAUGAGAAGAAUGUGAUAAGCACUCUGACUGACUUUGGAGCCAAGGGUACUUCGGCGAAUACUGCUGCUUGUGCCCUAGAGAUGUUACACUGAAAAGGAUUGAUUAGACUUAAUGGGACAACCUGAGAAUGAUACAUUGACUGCUUUCUUGUUGUUUGAAUCCCUGAUUGACCCUUUAACCCAGUCAGUUGAAAUCCUGGGUUGUGUCCAUUUAUUAGCACCAGACAGGAGAAAAGGUUUGAAACUGAGUGAAACAGGAAGGUACAACACUACCAAUGACUAGGUACUAACUACCUGAACUUGUCCAAUAAGAAAUCAUGGCUAUUUUAGUGCUACUGAACACGACCCUGGAUUGGUCCGAUCUACUGAGUGAGUAUGCUAAUAUAACUGGACAUGGGAACAUAUCAGUGUAGUGAACCCUACAGCAAAUAUCAGAGCACUUUGUCUCAAAGGGAAAGCCUUGUGGGAUUUGACAUGAACAUCCCUCAUCUCACAUUGGAUCAUAUGGAGUCUGUGUUUCCCCUAGAAUUUCAGCAGUGGGGGCAAGGGUAGCUGGGGUGACAGGACAUUCUAGAUGUUCCCAUAGACUUCUAGUCAUUGAGCCAAUGACUUAUAAUUUCUGCAGACGCGCUUUUAAAUAGAUAUAUAAAUGUUUCAGCGGUGGUUCCCCGCUGCUGAAUGAAUAUAGGGAAAACAUUGAGCAUUUCGCUAUCAUGAUUGGACUUGGGACCAGAACCCAUUGUUGGACUGACAAAAUGUUAUUUUGAACAUAUUGAUUGCUGCACAUUUCUUUGCGCAUCAAACAGCAUUUAAAAAAAAAAAGCACUUCAAGAAUGAUGGGGAGUAAAAGUAGCUUGAGCACCAGUCUCUAUGCUAUCAUACCAACUGCCUUUCACACAUUGUCAUGGCAAACAUGUUUUGUCUUGACAGUGACAGCAAUGGAGUUGGCAAGGGCGCAAACAGAUCUGGGACUAGAAUUAAAGAUCAGUAGAGAUUGAUGGCCUAUGCCUUGGUCAAAUUUGACUACUACUACUAAUUGAUACUCCACUGAAGAACCAGCUUGGUAUUAUGUGUUACUCGUAGAAUAUAGCACUACAUUUCAGCUGCUUUAUGCAAUUCGAAAGCCUUAAAUGUGUGAUGUCGAGUUUUCUAGUAUAGAAGUUGAAUACACUGAUGAGGCUGAAUAGGUACAGUAGGAAUAUGUGAUGCCUUGUGACCGUUGUGAUUGCACAGCCUAUAUUUUUGCUAAUCGGCUUUUGGACCAAAAUAUAUUUUACAAAAGA